AAAUGAAAUCUAUGAAAAUAAAAAAAGACAGCCAGGCAGAAGGUGUAAAACCAGUAACUUUUUAAAGUAAUCAUCUCAAAUAUGUAUAUAUAUACAUGUAGGGAUGCAAGCAUCUAUCUAUGUGUGUGAGUCCAGAGAUCUGUCCUCACCCCUCACACUUCACACCCAUCUCCUUUCUCUUUCUUUGACUGUGAUCUGUCCUCCUCCUCACACCCAUCCAUUGCUCUUAGAUUUUGUUUCUGCUACCACUUAAAUCCUUCUGCUUCACUCUUCUGUCCCACAAAUCUUGGAAACUUAUUAACAUUUUGCCAGAGUUUGUAAAUUACCAGAAGAGAAAAUGAAGCAAAAAGAUGAUAACAAGCAUGAUAAGCCCCUCAAGCCGAAUGAUAAAAGCUCAAAGGUUGUGCCAAUGGGGAUAAUGUUUGUUGUUUUAUGUGGUUUCUCGUUUUAUCUUGGCGGGAUCUUUUGUUCCGAGAAGGAUCGAUUCACCAGCACUCAGGAAGUUGCAAAAUCGGUUGAAUCUCCUAGAAAGUCUAUUUCUACUUCGGUCCAAGUGAAAACGGUUUCUUUCCCCCAAUGUAGUGCGGAUUAUCAAGACUACACGCCCUGCACCGAUCCUAAGAGAUGGAUGAAAUACGGACGACACAGGCUUACAUUCAUGGAACGCCACUGUCCACCAGCUUUUGACAGGAAAGAGUGUCUGGUACCCCCACCGGACGGCUACAAGGAGCCAAUCAGAUGGCCAAAGAGCAAAAACGAAUGUUGGUACAGGAACGUCCCGUAUGACUGGAUCAACAAACAGAAAUCUAACCAACAUUGGUUAAGGAAAGAAGGGGAGAAGUUUUACUUCCCUGGUGGUGGUACCAUGUUUCCUAACGGCGUUAGCGCUUAUGUUGAUUUAAUGCAAAACCUUAUUCCUGGGAUGAAAGACGGGACUAUCCGUACCGCCAUUGAUACCGGUUGUGGGGUUGCUAGUUGGGGAGGUGACUUGCUUGAUCGCGGAAUUCUUACAGUUUCCCUUGCACCAAGAGAUAACCACGAGGCACAAGUUCAGUUCGCUCUAGAACGUGGGAUCCCCGCCAUUCUUGGAAUCAUAUCAACGCAGCGUCUUCCGUUCCCCUCGAAUUCGUUCGAUAUGGCUCAUUGCUCUAGGUGCCUGAUCCCAUGGACCGAAUUCGGUGGAAUUUACCUUCUUGAAGUACACCGAAUCCUCCGUCCCGGGGGCUUUUGGGUCCUAUCGGGCCCGCCCGUAAACUAUGAGAACCGAUGGAGAGGUUGGAACACGACAGUCGAAGAACAAAAAUCCGAUUACGAGAAGUUACAAGAGCUUUUAACUUCAAUGUGCUUUAAGUUAUACAACAAGAAGGACGAUAUUGCAGUGUGGCAGAAAUCCACAGACAAUAACUGCUACAAACAGCUCGAUACUCCCGACAACUACCCACCAAAAUGUGAUGAUGGGACCGAGCCUGAUUCGGCAUGGUACACCCCAUUGAGACCCUGUGUUGUUGUUCCCGACCCGAAAAACAAGAAAUCAAGCUUGAAAGCUAUUGCAAAAUGGCCCGAAAGGUUGCACGUGGCUCCAGAACGGGUUGCUGAUGUUCGUGGGGGUAGUGAUGGUGCGUUCAAUCACGACGAUAGCAAGUGGAAGAGCCGAGUGAAGCACUACAAGAAGCUGCUUCCGGCUCUUGGUACCAACAAAAUCAGAAAUGUAAUGGAUAUGAAUACGGUUUAUGGUGGUUUGGCUGCGGCUUUAGUCGAGGAUCCACUUUGGGUCAUGAAUGUCGUAUCCUCGUAUGCUUCGAACACGCUUCCUGUGGUUUUCGAUAGGGGUCUUAUCGGUACUUUCCACGAUUGGUGCGAGGCAUUCUCAACGUAUCCUCGAACAUACGAUCUCCUUCAUGUCGACGGCCUCUUCACAACCGAAAGCCAUAGGUGUGACAUGAAAUACGUGUUACUAGAAAUGGACCGGAUCUUGAGACCAAACGGGUACGUAAUCAUUAGGGAAUCAAGCUACUUUGUAGACGCGAUCGCUACAAUAGCUAAAGGGAUGAAAUGGGGUUGUCACAAAGAAUCAACCGAGUAUGAUAUCGAGACCGAGAAGGUUCUGAUAUGCCAGAAAAAACUUUGGUACUCGAAGCAAAGCUCGUAGUUGACCUCAAUAGGUCAAAGGACACACAUUGAUUCACAGAUCAUUCGAUACGUAUAAUCUUUGAUGAACAACAAUAGUUGCAUAAUAGUUUUGUUGUUGUAACAAUAGUCUAAAUUUAUUUAAUUUUAUUAUUUUUGUCUAAGAACUUGUACCCGGAAAUGUUCCUUUACACAUUCAUAUGAUUAUAUGAUUUAUAUCAAGUAAUGUACAACUUUCAUAACAUGAACUACAAGAUAUAGUGGAGCUA